AUGUAAUGCAGUCCUGCGAGGGUUUAUAGUGUGGUGGUUGCUUUCAACUUGGCGUGUCUUACCGUUUACACACUAAAUAUUAAUAAUAAAAUAAUAGCAAGCAUGUCGAACGGCGUGUCGAGCCUCAACGACGCCGCGAAAAACUCCCGAGAACAACGGUAUUCUGAGGGUAGUUUGGGGAGGCUGCAGGCGAAACACUCGACGGAGAUGGACCAACCUAACCCCUGUAAUCCGAGCCUUAAGAGGCCCGCGGUUUCCGAUAACGAAGGUGGUUCACCCCCAAAAAAGAAGCAUAAAAAUCCCCAGCCAAAGAACGCCGUUUGCGCAUUAAACGAACUGAAAACUGGAGCUGUUUACAAAGUUGUUCGUCAAACUGGGCCGACUCAUGCCCCGAUAUUCACUAUAGCAGUUCAGAUAGAUGAUCAAAUUUACGAAGGAAAAGGGCGCACAAAGAAAAUGGCAAAACAUGCAGCGGCGGAAUUGGCAUUGAGAAAUAUCGUUCAAUUUAGAAAUGCCCCAGAAGUUCACCAAGCCAUCAACUUGGUAUGCCAUCCAGUGAUUCCUAUAGAGCCAGAUUUUACGAGCGAUGUAACCGAGAGAGAUAACCACUUAGUAAAUACGUUUAAGACUCUCAAUCAUGAGCCUAAAAAUACAAAUAAAUUUCUGGACAAAGGACCAGUCGCUCUAAUCAACGAACUGUAUCCCGGUGUUAUUUAUAAGUGCAUAUCAGACAGUGGAGAAAGCUAUGCUAAAUUCACGAUCGCCGUUACCAUAGAUGGUGAAACAUUCGAGGGCACUGGUCCUAGUAAGAAACUGGCCAAGGCGGCGGCUAGCAAAGCUGCCCUUGCUAAAUUGAAGAACGUCCACAGUUCUUCUUUCAGAAGCCCUCUACCAGCUCGUGUUAUCUCUAAUUUCUCUAGCGGUGGUCACUGGCAAGAACAGAUGACCCUGCCUCAAAUGCUCGCUGAUAAAAUAGGUAAAAUGGUCAGCCAGAAGUUCACUGAAUUGAUGCAGAAUAAACCUCAGCACGCAAGACGCAAGGUUCUGGCUGGGAUUGUGCAAACUCGUGGAGCCGAUGCAGAACUUAUUUGUGUUACAACUGGUACCAAAUGCGUGUCUGGUGAGCACUUGAGUGUCAGUGGGGGUGCUCUGAAUGAUUGCCACGCUGAGGUAGUAGCACGAAGAUGCUUGUGUGAGUAUUUAUAUAACCAGCUAGAACUACAUCUGGAACAUCGGGCCGAGGAAUCGAUUUUAGAGGCAACGAAAAAAGGCUACAAGCUAAAAGACGGAAUACAAUUCCAUCUCUAUAUAAAUACUGCGCCGUGCGGAGAUGCCAGGAUAUUUUCACCUCACGAAGAAAAUGAAGCGAUCGACAAACACCCCAACAGACGAGCAAGAGGUCAACUCAGAACGAAAAUCGAAUCUGGAGAGGGUACUAUUCCUGUUAAAAGCAGCGAAGGCAUCCAAACUUGGGACGGCGUGCUUAUGGGUCAAAGGCUGUUGACGAUGUCGUGCUCGGACAAAAUAGCUCGAUGGAACGUUUUGGGAGUACAAGGUGCUCUUCUGAGUCACUUCAUCGAGCCAAUUUACUUACACAGCAUCGUUCUUGGCAGCCUGCUAAAUCCCAGCCACAUGUACCGUGCCGUUUGUGGUCGUAUCGAAAACACAAUUCAGGGUUUGCCGCCACCAUACCGACUGAACAAACCGCUUAUGAGUUUAAUCACAUCUUCGGAGGUCAGACAACCGGGAAAAGCACCCAACUACAGCGUUAAUUGGACAAUUGGUCAGACGGAUGCUGAAGUUAUCAAUUGCACUACAGGAAAAGACGAAGUUGGAAAACCGUCGAGAAUAUCCAAGCAGGGUUUGUUUAGAAAGUUCUUCAACCUGGUUGGAAGAAUAAACAUGAUUGAAUAUGUGGACUCUCACAACUGUCGUCAUUAUUUCGACGCUAAAUCGUCCGUCGAAGAUUAUUCGCUGGCCAAACGUCAACUAAAGGAUGCUUUUGUGAGAGCACAACUUGGAAGCUGGGUAAAAAAGCCAAUAGAGCAAGAUAUGUUUGAAGUUGAUAUCUGACUAGGCUCGGUAAUUUCUGAGCCUUUCGAUAGAACGGGAUUCAGAAUUUCGGAGUAUGUAGUUCCUAGCGUAAAAUAGAUCGCUCGCUCGGCGUGUCAUGUCGCGGCAGAGUUUGGCACCAGUAAAGCAUAAAUCAUAGGAUCUCAGCUAAAUUUUAAUCUUUCAACUAUUUAGGGAUACACUGACUUUUAUUAAAGGGAACGAGGUAUAGAAUUCUAAGUAUUUGAGAAUUCAUUCUUUUAGAUCGUUUUCUCGAACCUCGAAAAUCAUAUACAUUAUCACUAGGUUUUAUCAUUCGUAUAAAGUCAUACUAAACUUGGACCAUGUUUGUCAACAGAAUUAUUGAAUUCCUCGUACAAGGUGGUUUGAGACGAUUAGUCUCAUAUUUUUAUUAUGAUUCGUCUAGUCCAUAACUCUGAAUUGAGUUAGAAAACUCAAAAGUACCAGUGAGUAAGUUUGAAAAGGUGGGGGUCCAUUUCAAACCGAUUUUCUUUCACCCUUCCCAGUGCAGUGAUUAAUCGAUUUAGUCUUAAACCCAGUUAUGGUCCAUUUAUAGAUCAAUUGACUUUGACUAGUAUCAUAAUUCUCUUGCCUAGAAGUACAAUGAAAUAAUGAUCGAUAGACUGGUAGUAAAAUAUAAGGUACGUUAUUUCACUGUAGUAGAACGUUUUACAAUAAACGCGUAGUGGCCUUAGAUUUUUCGUUGUUUUGAUGUUUAAAAAACCUCAACGAUAAAGACAAUGAGAAUACCAGUUAAACAUAUCUACUCUUUUUUGUAGAAUUAAAAGACAAUUAUGUAGUUUAUAUCUAGUGUCAGUAAUUUGUAAUUUAAAAAAUUUCUCUUACCGCUCCACUGCUCUCAAUUUUAUUAGGUAACUUCUAAUAAAUCUAUCGUAGAUGAAUCCAAAUAUCGGUUUUGG